AUGACAAAAUUCAAUAACCUAAAAGUGGAAAGGGUUAAGUCAAAUCUGAAAUAUACCGAGUCAAAGUUGGUAAAAAAAGACCACGGUAAAAGGAAGAAAUACCAAAAAAGCCACUAUCAUACAGGUAUCACGCAGAAAAAGGCAACACGCAAAGAGGCAUCACGCAAAGAGCCAAACGCAAAAAGGCAUCACGCAAAGAGGCAACACGCAAAAAGGCAUCACGCAAAAAAGCAGUACGCAAACAGGCAUAACGCAAAAAGGCAUCGCAAAAAAGGCAAUUUGCAAAAAGGGCAUCACGAGAGAAGUUUACUUAGAGAUCCAGGUCUGGAUCUUAAACAGUAUUAUUUAGUACAUAGUGCAAGCAAACUAAAAUGGUAUUCGAACGAGACAUUCCAUCUUGCUCACCUCGUGAGGUGCUUAUUCGGUACCUUUGGCGUAUAUUACAACAAGUCCAAAACGGAAUUGACAGCGACUGCAUUUCUUUGCGGCUGGAGAACUUAAUUGAUUUACUUUUGAGAUCGGCACAUCUUUACCAAGAUGGCGGACAGGUUCUAGCGGUUCUUCGUGCAGCGUUAACAGCAGUGGAAAAUUGCCGUCAAUCUGAGGAUGAUCCCACCAUAUGAGGGAACUUAUCACGUGAUGCCCUUUUUGAAAAUUGCCCUUUUUGGCAAAUUGCCUUUUUUGCGAUGCCUUAUUUUUGCGUGUUGUGUUUAUGCCUCUAUGUGUACUGCCUUUUUGCGUGUUCCCUCUUUGCGUGUUGGCUCUUUGCGUGA